AUGCCAUUCGGAUUCACCCACGGUCCACUGGUCUCUCUCGCCAACUCGGCCAUAUGCAGCUUCUUCAGGCAGAUCGAGGUCUACGGAGCGGAGAAUGUCCCGGAUCAUGGUCCUAUAGUCUUUGCAUCAUCGCACGCUAAUAUGGCUCUUGAUCCUGCCGUGUUGAGUAAUACGAUACCUCAUGGGCAUUAUCUACAUUACUGGGUCAAGGACUCACUGUUCAAGAAUCCAGCUGUGGGAGCUUUGCUAAGGAAUGCCGGUAACAUUGCUGUUGAUAGGAAGACUAAGAACAAUCAGAUGUUAUUCAGAGGUACAUUCGAAGCCCUAGCCCUAGGUGAAAGUAUCGGAGUAUUCCCCGAAGGUACUUCCCACACUGAGCCACGUAUGAUCCCUCUGAAAGACGGUACCUCCUGGGCGGCAUUAGAAUAUGUCAGAUACCUCAAGGGAACAGAGGAGAAUGCUGGACCGAAGAAGGGUAGGAAAGCCGUGGUGAUUCCUGUGGGAAUCGCUUAUGUCGAUAAGAGGAAAUAUAGGAGUAGGGUUGUGGUGCACUACGGCGAACCGAUAUCCAUGGACCAGUUCGAAGCCCAAUUCCUCUCUGAACAAGAAGGUGAAAGUAAAUUAGCUGUCAAACGGUUGACCUGGAUGAUCGAUAUUGAGCUGAAGAAAAUGACUGUCAAUGCACCUGAUUGGGAUACCGCAUUUGCCGCGCAAAUGGCUAGGGAGUUACUGUGGGUUCGCCAAGAUGACUUAGCCUUGAAAGAUUACGUGCAAGUGUCCCAGACUCUCGUUGAUCUAUUUACCACACCCACCGAAUCUAUCCAAUCUCUAAAAACACUCUUAGCAACCUAUCAUCGACUCCUUAGUUCUUCCCGAUUAUCAAACUCCGUCUUAUCCGGUAUAUCAUUAUCAUCCACCUUGGAUCCUUCCAUACCCGUUUCCUUACCCAAUCGGUUUUCGACCCUAUUCUACUUCAUCAAAGACACACUUGUCGUUUUGUUCCAUUUGCCAUUCUUCAUCGUACCGAUGUUGAUCAACAUCCCGAUCUACGUUGUAGGAUACCUCGGAGCAAGUCUUGUAGAGGAAGAAUUGGAAACUCAAGCUCAGAUGAAAGUCGUCUUUGGCUUACUGCUGAGCUUGAUCACUUACCCUAUACUCUUCUUCGUACUUUGGUCGGUGUUGAAGGGUCUGGCCCUUGGAGUGGUCCUUGCUGCUGUGACCGUGUGGGGAUUGGGAAGAUAUCAUGGUGCGUUGAUUGAUGAGAAUUAUAAUGCUAUGAAACGACUCGUCGCAUCCUGGCGACUCCUCAUCGGAAUUUGGACCCCACGUCGAUCCGAAUUCCCUUUACCCUCUUUCCUUGAAUCGUAUAAAUCAUUCGCACCUGAUCCACCUAAAGUCGCUGGUCUGCCACCAACGACCAAACCUGAGAAAUACGUCAAACCUAAAAAAUUACCUUCGAGGGUAUUGGUCAAGCACGUUUUGAGAACUAGACUCGAAGCCGCCAAACAACUUGCUAAAGUCCUGUUAGAGCUGGAAGCGAGAGAUGAACAGGUGAAUGCAUCUUUCUGGCUUGCUGAGGAAUUCAGUGGGAAUAUAUUGGAAGUACCGAAAGAUGAAGAAGGUCUCAAUGAGUGGGAGAGGGAGUUACCCCGAGCGAGAAGGAGUGGGAAAGAGGUGGUUGGGUUUUUGAGAGGGAGAGGUGCGAGGUUGGGGAUCAAUAGGGGUGAGGAAGGACAUUGGGUGGGGAGUAGUGGAGGUGAAGGGGAGAGUGAAUGA